UUACAUUCUAACCAGCACCUCCUGCAGCUUGACUCUGUGUUAGCAAAAUCUCAGCGCACUGUUGAACGCCUCAUAAUUUUCUAGUCAACAAGCUUAAUUCACUUUGGGAUUUUAAAAACCACAGUGUGCUAUUAUAGCCGUUAACGUCACAUUACAAACGCUGUCUAUCACUGACAGUCCACUCCGGUUCUUGGUAUUUUAUAGCUAGCUAACGGUUGCGUUAGCAGAGCAGCUCCAGGGAUGGCGGAGGUUCCCGGGACAUCGAGUGAGACGAUAACCGAGACUGUUCAGACGAGCACACCGCCGCCGCCCCAGCAGGAGGGACGCAGCCUGACAAUCAAGCUGAGGAAGAGGAAGACAGAGAAGAAGGUGGAGUGGUCCAGUGACACCGUCGACAAUGAGCACCUCGGAAGAAGGUCCUCCAAAUGCUGCUGUAUCUACGAGAAGCCCCGACAGUUCGGAGAGUCGUCCUCCGAGAGCGAGGGAGAGGACGACGACGAAGGAUGCGGCAGCGCUCACUGCAUCCUUGGCCACGGCAGGAGAGAUAACGGACAGACGGGGGGCGGGGGGGCAACGGUGCCUCCAAACUCUGGGGGGUCACACAGCCACUAAUGUGGGGGGGGUCUCGCCACGGCAAUGACACGUACAAACUGCACUCUUCUUUUUUUUUUAGUUUAGUCCAUCACUGAGCUGCAGAGGAAGCAGCACAGACAGGGAUCACUGAGUCAGCAUAAUCACACACCCUGCUCCCCCCCAAAAAAGCAUGCACAGUGACAUGCAUCACACGGAAUACAUGUUAAAUGUGUAUAGAAGGAUAAAGGCCAGUCUUUCUGCAUGUUUUAUCUCCUUUACUGCAGAUCACUCUCACUGCUGAGCAUUUUCCAAAGCAUGCCGGUAUAUUUGAAAAGAUUUCCAUUGACAUCCAUUCACUUCACUCUGCUGACAGUAAACUCUGAGGUGUGUGAUCACCAUAGGAACGCCAUGCUGGCUCUGUCUCUGUCAGAGCGCUGCAACUGUUUUCUUCUUUUGCUGAGUAUUGUCUUAAUUAUUAGCAGUAAUAUUUGUACAUAACAUGGGAAGAAAGGGAAGAACGUCUCUCACGCUCUCCACGACUCAAGGUGACGAACAUUAUUCAGAUAUGCAGUUUGUAUGACAAAGAGAACACACUUCUUCCUAACACACUGCAGAGACUGAACACAUGAGCAGAAUGAAAUCAUCUAAAUAGUUGAUGAUUGAUUUUCUCUACAAGUGAAUCCAAGGAAGAGGAUCAUGGCCAUAUUUGAACAUGAGAAAAAAAGUUGUUAGGAUGUGGCCAAAAGUUUGCUUUCUCAGAAUUAUGGGACGAACAGACAGCAUUGGUCUAUUGGUUGGUUAUUUAUACCUUGUAAUAUCAGUUGACUUUGUUUUUGUCCAUACAAAUAAAGAGUGUCCUUCCAAAAGUGCAGUUUCCCCUGAAGUUUAAGAUAAAAUCGUCUUGAUGACCUGAAGAAGACAUUUGAAAAUACUUCCUGUUUGUUUGUAAAGAGAGGAAGACGUCCCCUCGUUGGUUAAAGACACUGUCCGUUUAUAUUGUCAUAUAUCACAACUCAAAUUUGUUUCUUACUUUUGGCCACAUCAGGAAAAAGUCAGAACUCUGAGAUUUAAGUCGAGAAUUCAGAGAAAAAAGCCAGAACUCCACAUUGGUUUACUUUUGGUCACAUCCCAAAACCUUUCUCAUGUGGCUGUAAUCCUCUUCAAAUCAGUUCAGCUUUAUUGAAAAUUCCUGUUUCUUAGUUUAUUUAUUAAUCAUUUAGUGAGAAUGUAGGGUCAGGGUUGACACAUUCUCUUUAUUAAAUGGUUUGUGUAGUCCAGAAACAUUUAAUAACAACAAAUUGGCUUCACAGUUUUAUGUAUAAAUGUAAAUAUAUGUAAUCACCGCCCAAUGUUCAGUAGAAGAAAACAAGCCUUCACAGAGAUGAGCUUUGAGCUUUGGAAAAUGGUCGGCAGUCGUGUAAACAUGAUGUCAUAGCCAAAAUAAACUGAAAUAUGUCAAAGAAAAAAACUGUUGGGUGUGAAGUGAUGUGGAUCAUUUGGGAUUCUCCUGUACAGCUGAUGUUGUGCUGACUCAGCGCUAAGCAUGGCAGCCGCUGUAACCCUUUAACAUCAUAUCACCACGCCAACACCUGUCACACUUUCAUACUGCCUAUUAAAUCUCCGUCACCCUUUGGGAAAUGUUCCUCAGCAGGAAGUGUUUGUGGUUUUUCGUGGAGAAAAAGCUGAAAAGCUCAGAGGGUUAGAAACAGGAAGCUGUGUCCCCAGCUGCAGGGGUACUUCCUGUCUGAGGGCAGCCUCAGUGAGGACUGAGUGUGUUAUCCUCCUCACAGCACAUUUCAUUUAUUCAUAUGGUGGUUUCAUUCCAACAUGCAGAUACUAGCAGUAUAUCUCACUUUAAUUGUGACGAUUGUUAGAAGAACAUCCUACUCCACACGCUUCAGCACCAUCACUCUUCAUGAUCACUUCUCAAUGAUUUGACACGACACCGGGUUUUUCAGUUCUUCCAACGGAUUCUGUUAGGUGUUUUACAGUAAUGACAUAAUCCCAAAUAUAAAUAAAACAAUGUCAAUAAUUACAAUAAUUACAACACAUGGCAUCAAUUAAGAACAAGCUAUAAGGAGAUUUAAUUACAAUCUUAUUAAUCUUAUUUAAUAAGAACCAUUAACACAACUACACUUUUUUAGAACUAAAGAUACCUUCACUAUUAACCUCGAUAACCUAACCUAAAAAAAACCAUCAAAUCCAAAUCCUGAUAUGCCUAUGGUCUUAUAUUCAAAUGUAAAAAGGCAAAAGAUUGUCUCUAUCUAGUUUAAAGUCUUGGUUACAGUAAAGUGUUGGUUAUCACUUAGUCAUUAUUUCCCCUUGACUGAUGAUGGCUCAUCAAAAAUCUCAUUGCGCUAAUAGAAUGAACAACAUCGUUGCAAAAUUAAAGUGGGCGUUUGAUAAAAAAUGCAGUGACUUAUCGCCCAGUCAUGUUUGAAACCACGUUGCUUUCAUUAGUUUACUGUUAGUAUAAAAUAUCUGAUUGAUCAAUAUAGUCUUGGCGUGUGUUGGGAGAACUGGAUUACUUUAUCUGGCUAACAUCGUGUAAACCUGGAUCAGUUAAACGACACAUCAAGGACUUCAAGUUGUGUGAAAUAUAAACUAAAAACCCAUUUGGUUGAUUUUUGUAAUGACUGUUUGCAGAUCACUCUGAAUGUGUUAUUUCUUCAUUUAAAUUAGAUUCCAUGAGACCUCACAGAGUGAUUGUAUUUUUAACAUUUAUAAAUCUUUCUGCUCAAUUGAUGGUGAGAUAAAUCCACUUGACAAUCCUAGAAAUAAUGACGUGUUGGCAUCUGAAAAAUUGUUGUCAGAGAUUAGACACCCUUAAUCGUCCUGAGUUGUGAAUAACAUAAAUAAUUUGUGUGGACAAAUAAUGAUUUCCUUUUCAAAGCCGCCAUUAGUCCCCUUUAGAUCCCGCUGCUACAUGUCCACUCUGACUCUCUGAGCUCUGCAGGCCUCGUGUUUCAUCAAGUUUUAUUAUAAUGGUACUAACAUGUCAGACAGGUGACGGUGCUGGCUCUGUACUCAUGUCUUAGCUAUGACCAAAAGUCACCUGAGGCAGGCUCCAUCAUCAUCAUCAUCAUCAUCAUCAUCAUCAUCAUCAUCAUCAUCAUCAUCAUCAUCAUCUUCAUCUUCAUCUUCAUCUUUCUGGUCCUGGUUCAGAUAUGUGACAGCAUGAGUUCCGCUCGGCCGCCUCUGCUAUCUAUCACAUUGUUACAUAUGUACAUUGUUCUUGUAAUGGUGAUGCACCUUUCUGUAUAUACUGUUAGCAUAAUGAGAGCAGACUUAAUGUGAAAUAAAGUUUAUCUGUGAUUCAG